UCACGUGAUCCCUAGUAUGAUGAAAGCCAGCGUGUGAUGUGCAUGCCCGAGGUUAUGUGGUACAUACAUGUGAGGUGUUUGAUGCGGUACCUUUGUGAAGUUUGACCAUGGAAUCAUAUGAAGUGGACGUUGUAGUUAUUGGUGGCGGCCUGUCGGGACUGUCAGCGGCGUUUUAUUUACUGAAGAAGGACCGGGGUCUAAAAAUAUGUCUUCUCGAAGCAAAGGACCGAAUUGGCGGGAGGACGGAGACCCGGCAACUUGACGCAGCAGACGGCACCAAGGACUUUUGGGAUCUAGGGGGCGAGUGGGUCGGAAGGCCACAGACGCACCUGCAGUAUCUGCUGCAGAAGUUCCGUAUGGACACCUUCAACCCCGUGGCCCCCCACACUGAGUCCCCCAUCACACCUACCCCCAGACUUGCCUGGAAGACCAGACUCGAUGUCUUACAGUUCUCUUGGAAGCUGAAACGCCUGAAGAGUCGCCUAUCACGUAGCGACAUCAAGAACUCGGUGGAGGCGCUCAAGUGGGAUGGCAUCACGUUCGAGAAAUACCGGGAUGACAACUUAUGGACUGUAGAGGCCAAGAACCUUGUAGAUGCGGCAUGUCGGUGUAUGUUUGGACUGUCGCCGGCAGAAAUGACCCUGCUGUACUUCCUCAUGUACAUCAACUCGGCUGGAGGAUUCAGAAUAUUCACCACACCCGCAGAGUUCACCGGCAGGGAGAGCAGGGUCAAGGGUGGAGUUCAACAGCUGGCCACGCAUAUGAUGCACAAGAUCGGCAAGAAGAACGUGCACAUGAACCAGCCCGUGACGCAUAUAGUCCAGUCUGGGGAAAAGGUGACAGUGGUAACGGAGAACCGUCUGCAGGUUCAGUGUAGCAGGGUCAUCAUGGCGAUACCACCACACCAUGCAGCCAGAAUCAAGUUCACGCCUCCCCUCCCCUCGAGGAAAUUGAACCUCCUGAACAGCGUGCCUUUAGCCUUCCUGGUCAAAUUUGCGGUCACCUUCGAAGAGCCGUUCUGGAAGGACAGUGGGCCCGAUAAACGCCACUUUGGAUUCCAAGCAGUGUUGGAGGACCCAGAACUUGGCCCGAUAGGGAUUGCGUAUGAUGCAACGUCUGCCAGAGGGAACCCAGCAUUGGCGGGCUUCCUGUCGUCUGCGUGCGGCACAGAGGGUGAUCCUCGAAGACGACGGGACGCCAUAUUUGACCUUCUUGAGAGCGUCCUUGGUCCGAAUGUCCGGCAGUAUUUAGAUUUCGUCCAGAAGGACUGGAGCAAGGAGCCAUACAACGGGGGAUGCUUCCUCAAAUCGCUCAUCCCAGGGACCACCAAAUACUUCAACCAGGACCUUAGGGAGCCUUUUGAACGGAUCCAUUUCGCUGGAACUGAAACAGCAACAAUUUGGUGCGGGUUCAUGAAUGGUGCCAUACAGUCAGGUUUCAGGGCAGCAACAGAGGUUUUGUAUCAUGUACGACCGCAGAUAAUUACCUCCCCUGAUCCCGAGGCGCACCGGUUUUUCGAGGAUGACGAGAACAGAUUCGGCGAUGACACAAAUCUGAUCAGGUGGAUGUUGUUUGCAGCAGUCGGGGCAGGGUUUGCAUCGGCUCUGUAUGUUGUGCUCAAAUCUGACAAAGGAUUAGCCAGGAACUUAAUGGACAAUAUACGUAUAGUAUUUGAUUGAUUCGCAUUAUUUAUUGGAUGUUGGAUAUAAUUCAUAUUGACAGUUGGGACCCACAGUGCCAGUCACGAGACGUUUCCAGAUCUGAAACCAGUGCUGUUAAUUCUUGUAGGAGGUGAUUGUGACUACCAGUGUGUGGAGGUUUUGGGUGAUGCGUGAUGAAGCGCCAGUUAAAUCCUUGAAACAAUCUUCAGGGGAUAUAUUUUAUGUAUUUUCAGAUGCCAAAAUAUGCUCUUGCAUUUUCCAUGAUGAUGAUACGGGCCUUACAACAGACAUGUAUCGUUCAUCUCCUGAACAACCUAUAGCAGCAAAUUAUGCAAUGUAUAGUUAUGGUGUGUGCAUUUGUAAAUUUGUUUCAAACAUGGCAGUAUUUAAGGAGAGGCUGGGUAUAGCCGUUUCCUAGCAUUUUGCUCGUGAUGACAUUAACAUGACAUUAACAUGGUUACAGACCGCCGCCAUAUAGCUGGAAUAUUGCUGAGUGCAGCGUUAAACAACAACCAAACCAUGGUUACUAUUUGUUUCAAUUCUAUUUUGUUUUAUGUGGUGUUUCCGGAUGAGGGUUUCCGUAACUUUCUGUUUACACAAAAUCAUUCUGGAUUAGGCAGGAUCUUUUCGCUCCCUUUUCGAGAGGUAUUGUAAGGAGUAAAAGAUUUGAUUUAAUUGAGACUGACAGGAAAAUACACAAAUUUGUUUGAUGUUUUCUGUUUCAAGUUGCAUUCCACGCAUUCUCUUCAAAGUAUGUACUGGUAGGUACAUGUAAACAGAUAUGAGUACAUAUAUCUCAUGAUAUCUUACUGUUUCCUGCAAGUUUAGAAAAGAUUGAAGAGAUACAUAUUUGUGGAUUGCUGCUAGGUCGUGCAGCCAAUGUUGAAUAACAUUUCACCAUAUACACACAAACACUGCAACUUACACGCACAUUGGAUUCAAACAAACUACGACAUGGCGGCGUUAAGUCUUAAAGAUUCUUCUCAGUUAUUAGAGAAACUUUAGGCAGAACGGCCAUACCGAGAGAGUUCAUACAGCAUUGUAAUUCUGACCCGAAUGUUUAUGCUAUGUAUGUCUCUUGUGAUUGUGUGCCAAACGGGUGGUUGAGUUCAGGCACAAUAUCGAGUCAUUGGUAAUCAAAACUGUAAAGUUCUGAAGUAUUAACUUACAAAACAUACAGAAAUAAAUGCGAUUUCAAAGCAAAA